AAUCCCUUAAAAAGAAAGUCAUUCGGCCUCCUGCACCUCAAACAUUCAGUAGUGUCAAUCCGUUCACUGACCAACUUUCGUCAUGUAUUUGUCAACAGGUCGCUUGACAAUCCUCAUUGUCCUUUUGAGCUACGCCUGCGCUGGACGGGUUCUUUGGCGGAUCAGAGAACGUGUUCGUGAAGCACGGAAUCAAAAGGCCAAGCAAUAUGUUAUGAGGAACGCAUUAAGAGGAAAUCGACCCAGGGGUCAUACCAAAGAAGGACUUCUCCAUCAGCCACUGGAUCAUUUUGAUAGCAAUCGCGAGGACACAUUUCCUCAGAAAUUCUUUGUGAACGACCAGUACUGGGACCGACCUGAUGGACCAGUCUUUCUUUACAUUGGCGGAGAAGGCCCACUAUCAGAAAUAGAUGUUUUGGCAGGGCACCAUGUUGACAUGGCAGAGGAGCACAGUGCACUGCUUGUGGCCCUGGAGCACCGUUUCUAUGGCGACAGCAUUAACCCAGAGGGUCUGGAGACAGAGAACCUGUCUGAUCUGUCCAGCCAACAGGCUCUUGCUGAUCUGGUCACAUUCCAUCGCCACAUAUCCGAUCGUUACAGCCUCUCUGACAAGAACACCUGGAUCAGCUUUGGGGGCUCCUACGCAGGAGCCCUAUCUGCCUGGCUGCGUGGCAAGUUCCCUCACCUCAUCUAUGGUGCAGUAGCCUCCUCUGCUCCUGUUCAAGCCAAACUGGACUUCUCCACGUUUAACAAAGUUGUAGGACUGAGCUUAAUGGAUAAGGAGGUGGGAGGCUCUGAGAAGUGUGUCUCCGAUGUUUGGGAGGCCUUCGCUGCAGUUGAGGCGGCUCUUAUUGGUGGAAAUGAGAGCCAGGUGUGGAAGGACUUCUCGUGCUGUGAGGACCCCAGCAGCCUGGAUGACCAGAUCGAGCUGAUCAGCAGCCUGGCUGACCUCAUAGCAGGCACUGUAGAGUACAAUGAAAUCGAAGGAACCAUGUCCAUAGAUGAGCUCUGCGUCCUAAUGACCAAUCAGAGUGAGAAAUAUGAGGAAGAGAUUGAGGCGUAUGACCGUUUGGUCAAACUUGUGGAAAUCUACAGGGAGGUGGAGGGGCUGCCCUGCCUGCUGGCGUCUCACGAGCACGAGCUAGAGGAGCUGAUGGACACCUCUGAUGACGUGGUUGCUUCUGGACGCCGCCAGUGGUACUACCAGUCCUGCACUGAGUUUGGCUUCUUCCAGACUUGUGAGGACUCCUCCUGUCCCUUCUCUCGCAUGUUGACGCUGCGUGCGGCCACAGAGCUCUGCACUCAGCUGUUUGGGAUCCCUGAGGAGAAGCUGCCAGGGAAUGUGGCCUUCACCAACAUGUACUAUGGAGGGGACCAUCCCCAGACCCACAGAGUGCUCUAUGUCAAUGGAGAGAUCGACCCUUGGCAUGAACUGAGUGUGACAAGCAAUGGCAAUUGGAUGGACAAGGACCGCGCCAUCUACAUCAAGGGCACCUCCCACUGUGCUGACAUGGAGCCGGAGGAGAAGUCCGACCGCGAGUCGCUGCGAGAGGCCAGGGAGGAGAUUGAGAGGCAUGUUGCCAUCUGGCUGAAGAGCGCUGCCUGGGAGCUCAUGAUGCGCUGAGCAUUGGUCAGAUGGCAGAGGGCGGACGCCAGGAUCAGGCUGGCUUGACCACAGCAUUUUCUCCGCUGAUAGCCUGGCUUUUUAGAAAAUGUUGGUCUUUGUACGCAAAUGAGUGUGUGUGUUGCCCACUGCUAUGUAUAUGCAGUUGAAAAACAUUUCCAUGAGAAUGCAUAUAGACUGCGUUAGUGAAAGCUAAAAGCAUUCAGAAGUUCCCCCUAUUUAUUGGUGUUGGGAAGGCCUUUUCUCUAAUGACUAACUCAGGUUGCAGCGUUGGUUGGUCUGAAAUGAUCGAAGGAAACAAAUAUUUAGAGUGAGAAUAUCAGCACUUGGCUUUCAUACCAGUUAUUGUCCUGUAUGUUUUCUUAUGCCCAGCAGAGGGCGCCAUACGCUUGUGUGACUGCAUUUCACCUUUCCCAAUUCAUCCAAAUGCGUCAGUGAAUCGAUAAUCUUAUCUGAACUACACAGCCACACGUUUCCCACUUACAUUACACAAAUAUUUUAAAAUGGACAAUUAUUUUUAGAUGGUGUAUUUCAUGUAACCGUGUCCAUUUUAAUAGUGAUGACAAAUAACAACUCACAUUUCUACCACAUCUGUUGUGAGGACAGUUCACCACUGAUUAAGAGCCCUUAUUUCAUGCAAUGACUACAAGUUAUGUGUCUCAGGCUUCAUUAAGUGCCGAAUCCCAGAGGUACAGUAGCCAUGUAGUCUUUGCUCAGAUAUGACCAGGUCUCGGGAGGUCUUCCCUUUGGUAAACAUCUCUUCUGGUGAACAAAAAAUAACACAUAGCCAAUAUAAGAACACUUAAAAUUGCACCCCAAUGUCAGCCUAUUUGAAGACUACUGACAAUCUGCCAUGUUUUAAUACGCUCUCUUAGUUUUGUUUCAGUGUGUCUUGGUAAAUGUUGAACUAUUGGCAUGUUAAGAGCAUCUGCAGACUAUGUUAGUUUCUCACAAUUAACGCAUGUCUGUGUAAGGUAGAGUGUGUUGGAGUGUCAGUGUGCAUAGUAAACUCUUAACUGCA